AUGGCUAAAUUAACAGAAUCUCAACUAAACAAACAUAACAGCCAGUAUGAAGCCGAACAUCAGAAAACAGAUCUACAAAAGCAUACCAAACAAACUUUAGGUCCAGAAGGCAUCGUAGACGUGAUCAAUGAACGUUUAAACAAUGAAGAAAUCGGCGUUACGUAUAAUGAGAAAAACAGUACUUGCAGGCUGGCCAUCCUUACUAGUCAAAUAAUCAAAAGUGAUGAACCACUCUCCGUUUUAACAAUUCAUUUCCACAGUCAGACGAAUACAACAGAUUUUCCAGUGAACGAUACAUACAGUGAAGGUACCCAAGUUGGGGAUGAAGAAAAUGAAGACCAAGAUGAAGAUCAAGAUGAGGAUCAAGAUAAAAAGAAUGAUGAUGAAAAGGAAGUUGAAUUCAACAUUACCUACCGAAUGAAGAAAAGAAAACUAAUGUUAAGAAGAAUAAUGGAUGUUAAAAAGAUUGCUAAAAAAACCAAAAAAAGAAAGGACGAUCAUGCUGGAAAAAAUAGUUAA